AUGUCUCUUCGUUCAGGUGCUCGCAAAAAUUACAAUGAAUUAGUUAACCCAGAUGAUGAUUUUUCAGAUGAUACUAAUACUAGUAUGUCUGAAAUUGAAGAAGAAGAAGAUGAUGAUUACAAAAAACCAAAAGCUCCAUUAAAGAUAAAAAACCCCACUGCUAAUAGAGGAACAAAAAGGAAACAACAGGAUGCAGAAGAUGAAGAUGUGUUGGUUGAAGCUGGUCCAAAUUUAGAUAUUCCACCUGAUUAUGUACCAGAUGUUGUAUCUAAAAUGUUUAAUAAAAAUGAUUUUUCAUAUUUAAAAUUAAAACCAGAUCAUGCUUCAAGACCAAUUUGGAUUUCUCCAAGUGAUGGUAGAAUUAUAUUGGAAAGUUUUUCACCAUUAGCUGAACAAGCUCAAGAUUUCUUAGUUACAAUUGCUGAACCAAUUAGUAGACCAAGUCAUAUUCAUGAAUAUCGUAUAACUGCUUAUUCUCUUUAUGCUGCUGUUUCUGUUGGUUUAGAAACUGAUGAUAUCAUAUCAGUUUUGAAUCGUCUUUCAAAAGUUCCAGUUGCCACAUCAAUUGUGGAUUUUAUUAAAGGUGCUACAAUUUCUUAUGGUAAAGUUAAAUUAGUUUUAAAACAUAAUAGAUAUUUUGUGGAAAGUACACAGGCUGAUAUUUUACAAAUGUUAUUAAAAGAUGAAGUUUUGGGUCCGUUAAGAAUAGAUUCAUCAGAUUCUGCUAAUGGAUUAACUUCAGGUAAAGCUCCAGAACAAGGUGAUUUGAAAAUACCAGGAACUAAACCAUCAAAUGGACAAGAAGGACAAACAGAUGGUACAGUAGAAGAUAUUUAUGCAUCUGUUGUUGGUGCUAAAGAAGAUGAUAUAGAAGAGGAUGAUAUUGAUGCUGUUCAUUCAUUUGAAAUUUCAAAUGAUUCCGUGGAAAUUGUUAAAAAAAGAUGUCAAGAAAUUGAUUAUCCUGUUUUAGAAGAAUAUGAUUUCCGUAAUGAUCAAAGAAAUCCAGAUCUAGAUAUUGAUUUAAAACCAUCAACACAAAUUAGACCUUAUCAAGAAAAAUCAUUAAGUAAGAUGUUUGGUAAUGGUCGUGCAAGAUCUGGUAUUAUUGUGCUUCCAUGUGGUGCUGGUAAAACUUUAGUUGGUAUUACUGCUGCAUGUACUAUUAGAAAAUCAACAAUUGUUUUAUGUACUUCAUCUGUUUCAGUUAUGCAAUGGAGACAACAAUUUUUACAAUGGUGUACAAUUCAACCUGAAAGUGUUGCAGUUUUCACAUCUGAUAAUAAAGAAAUGUUUCAUAGUGAAUCUGGGUUAGUUGUUUCAACUUAUUCAAUGGUUGCUAAUACAAGAAAUAGAUCUCAUGAUUCUCAAAAAGUUAUGGAUUUCUUAACUUCAAGAGAAUGGGGGUUUAUUAUUUUGGAUGAAGUUCAUGUUGUUCCUGCUGCUAUGUUUAGAAGAGUUGUUACAACUAUUGCUGCACAUGCUAAAUUAGGAUUAACUGCUACUUUAGUUAGAGAAGAUGAUAAAAUUAGUGAUUUGAAUUUCUUAAUUGGCCCUAAAUUAUAUGAAGCUAAUUGGAUGGAUCUUGCGCAAAAAGGUCAUAUUGCAAAUGUUCAAUGUGCAGAAGUUUGGUGUCCAAUGACUGCUGAAUUUUAUCAAGAAUAUUUACGUGAAAGUGCACGUAAAAGAAUGUUAUUAUAUAUUAUGAAUCCAACUAAAUUUCAAGCAUGUCAAUUCUUAAUUCAAUAUCAUGAAAAACGUGGUGAUAAAAUUAUUGUUUUCGCUGAUAAUGUUUAUGCAUUACAAGAAUAUGCUUUAAAAUUAGGUAAACCAUUUAUUUAUGGUUCAACUCCACAACAAGAACGUAUGAAUAUUUUACAAAAUUUCCAAUAUAAUGAUCAAGUUAAUACAAUUUUCUUAUCAAAAGUUGGUGAUACAUCAAUUGAUUUACCAGAAGCUACUUGUUUAAUUCAAAUUUCAUCUCAUUAUGGUUCACGUCGUCAAGAAGCUCAAAGAUUAGGUAGAAUCUUAAGAGCCAAGAGAAGAAAUGAUGAAGGUUUUAAUGCAUUUUUCUAUUCAUUAGUUUCAAAAGAUACACAAGAAAUGUAUUAUUCUACUAAAAGACAAGCAUUCCUUGUUGAUCAAGGUUAUGCUUUUAAAGUUAUUACACAUUUACAUGGUAUGGAAAGUUUACCAGAUUUAGCAUAUGCAUCAGCAAGAGAAAGAAGAGAAUUAUUACAAGAAGUGUUAUUAAAGAAUGAAGAUGCUGCAAGUUUAGAAGUUGGUGAUGAUGCUGAUAAUUCAGUUGGUCGUGGUAAUAAUGUUACUAAACGUAGUAAUAAUGGUAAAGUUAAAGCUCAAAGAACUGCUGGUUCAUUGGCAAGUUUGGCUGGUGGUGAAGAUAUGGCAUAUAUUGAAUACAGUUCGAAUAAGAAUAAAGAAUUGAAGGAACAUCAUCCUUUGAUUCAAAAAAUGUAUUAUAAGAAAGCUAAGAAAUGA